AUGAACGCCGCGAGUUCUCUGUCUUCGUCUACCUCCUCUUCCCUCACCUGCGGGCGGAUCUUCCGGCGGUCCCGCGGCGGCGCUCCGGUGAGGAAGAUCGGAUCUCCACCGAACUUCAGAGUCUCAGGUUCCUGCGCGUCGGCCACGGAGAGGGAGCGCGAGGGUUUCGGCGGCAGUCGGUAUUACUAUUCCAAGGGAUACGUGUCCGGCGGUGGCUUUGCGGCUGCAGCGGCGGGAUCUCUGUAUGAGUUGCUCGGCGUGCCGGCGGCGGCCACGGGGGACGAGAUCAAGGCGGCUUACCGCAGGCUAGCGCGGGCGUGCCACCCGGACGUCGUGGCGGCGGAUCGGAAGGGCGCGUCGGCGGACGAGUUCAUGAAGAUUCACGCCGCCUACACCACGCUCUCCGACCCCGACAAGCGCGCCGAGUACGACCGCCGGAUGGUCUCUCCACCGCCGCGGCAGCGUUCGCCGUUCUCCCCUCCCUUCUGCGACCGUCCUCCUCCCUCGGUCUCUUCGAGAUCCCCUUCUUCCGUCCGAUUCACGACACGAUCGUGGGAGACAGACCAGUGCUGGUAG